AUGCAAAAAGAGAUUGAAAGAAAUGAUAAGCUCCGGAAAGACAUCUUAAAUGCCCGCUACGUAAAUAAGCACUUCAGAACUACGGCCAACUCAAUUCGGGACUACGAAAGACUCAAGGUCCGAAUUACAAAAAUUGGUAUUAAAAUGGACAUUGUUACAGCUUAUCUUGAAAACAUGUUUGGCCAGCAUGCAACCUCAAUAAUACUGCUUUCACAAGCAGCAAUAAUCGAGGAAAAUUUAUCAAUCGAAGUUGAUAGACUUGCCAAACGAAACAGGCAAGCGCUUCUAUGCUGGUUUGCCGAAAACUGGGAAAUAAUUCUACCAUUUUUGAAUCAAACAAAAGAGAAAAAGAAAUUAAAAUUAUCCCAAGUUAGGAGUUCUCCUGAAAUUGAUAUUUCAGAUUUAUCCCAGCUACUUAAUAUGCAUUAG